GAACACACUUCUGAACGGACUUUCACUGUGUCAACGUCGUCGUGCUAGAAAGAUUUUGCCGUAGUGGCGGGUUCGAUCCCCAAAAAAUUUCGGAGAUUAUCGCGAAUUGUGCCCGUCCUUGAAGGGUUGUGCAACGUUUUUAGUUUCGUUUGAAUCUUAUUUUUUUCGGUGUAGCCUUCUUUCCUCUGUAGUAAGUUUCCUAAACUGUGUCGCCUUCGAGCCGUAGAUCAACACUUUGAUUAAAAUUUUAUUAGAAAAUUGCGUACCAAUUUAGUGCGGAUUUAGUGUCAUUGUGGUUGUUGUGAUUUUGCAGCGUAAUAUUUGAAUCACCAUGAAGCCGUUCGCAUUCGGAGUGCUCAUCGCCGCCACCCUUUGCGUGGCCAACGUUUUCGCGGCCGAUGAAGCGCCAAAGGAUACCGACGAAGACACGGUCAAGAUCUACAAGCGGCUCAUCCCGGCCGAUGUGCUCAGAGAUUUCCCCGGAAUGUGCUUCGCCUCUACUCGUUGUGCCACCAUCGAACCUGGAAAGUCCUGGGAUCUGGCUCCAUUCUGUGGACGUUCGACCUGCGUAGUUUCGGAAACUAACCCAUCUCAACUGCUGGAACUGGUUGAAGAUUGCGGACCACUGCCACUGGCCAACGACAAGUGCAAGCUGGAUACGGACAAGACCAACAAGACCGCCCCGUUCCCGUACUGCUGCCCGAAGUUCACCUGCGAGCCAGGCGUGAAACUGGAAUACCCAGACGUCAAGGGCCCGGAAGCUGCUCCGGAAGACGACAAGAAGAACUAAGCUGGGACACCCGAAAUUAAAUCCUGAAACGACCAACAUGAGAACAACAAAAUAGAGUAUUGAACACCCAACCUCAAGAGCGUCACACUUGGUUCGGUAUUCUUCCGUUUUUUUUUUAUUAUUUGUACCGAUACCGGACGUAGACUAUUAAGGCUAAUCUCAACAAAUGGCGCAAAAAAGUGUAUUAUCGAACAAGGAACACACCAUAUACCUAUUAGUCAAGUAUGUGAUAUUAGAAAUAUGUAUUUAUCAGAAAAGUACUAUUUUAAAACACAAUAUUUCGUUACCAAACUGUUGGCGCGAAGAUUGCGCAGUUUGCCGAUUUUCGCCGAAUAUGGACAAAUUGAUUAUACUCAAACAGUCUUUUUCUCGAUGUUGCUAAUACUUAAUUUUGUUUUGUCACAUGAAAAAGUACAGAUUUUAUAAAUAAAGUUCUCAUUUUUCACUAAA